AUGCAUAAAUGCACCGGCAAUCAAGGUCUGAGCGGCAGCGGCUCCAAUUACCGCUGCACCAGGGAGGAGCACUAUAUAUUCCUGGCUCUCCCAGUGGGAUUCUCCUUUUGGCUUCUGAAUUCUGGACAUCGACCUCCUGCCUUGCCUGUCAACCAAGCCUGCCUGCCUCUGCCCCUGUCUGGAUUCUCCUGCCUAUGUCAAUCUGUGAUCCGAAUCAUCCAGACGGAGUGGCUGGCAUCAAUCUUCAGCGCCAGUGCAACCUCCUGGCAUCUGAGAAGAAACACUAACCACCUUUGCUUACUAUAUAGUGCCCCAGUGACGCGACUUGUUAACACGAGGAUUACUUGGAACACGACGGGACACAAAGGGACCAGUCCAGAAAAUGAAGGUUACCCACAAAAGCAUUCCUUCAGUCCUUUGCAUUUGCGAGGAGACCCUUUAAGAGACGCCGCAGCCGCUGCUUUCCUAUUGGCCGACGAAGCUGCCUUUCCCGGGACCACUUGGCCUUCCAGUGUUCCGCUGCCUCGGCAUCGGGGGACGCAAACCAAAGGAAACAAAUCUGGUCUGACAGAAGAAAAGUUCGCGCUGGAGUUGAGAAACGGCCUGGAAACACACAUGAAGUCCAAAGUGAGCAUGGAGAGCCUGACCAAGCCGGAGCUGCUGACGCUUUUCAGCAUCCUGGAGGGAGAGCUGGAGGCUCGGGAUGUCGUCAUUGAAGCGCUGAAGGCCCAGUGUAAAGAGCUGUUUAUCCAGGAGCGCUACGUAAGGUACAACCUCAGCGACCCCUUCCAGGCCUUGCAGCGAGACAGUGAAAUAGUCGGAGGCCCAAAUAAGGAACCCGGCCGUUCUUCCCCUGCCUCCAACCCUCUGGUAGUUCUCAAACUAGUGGUGAGCCACUGCAGGAGGAUGCAGGAGAAGAUGCUGGCCCAGCUGGCUGCAGCCGAGAGCAGGCACAGAAGGGUUAUUGCGGACCUGGAGGAGGAGAAGAGGAGGCAUGCCGAGGACACAGCAGAGGGAGAUGAUGUCACUUACAUCCUGGAAAAGGAGAGGGAGCGCCUACAACAACAGCUGGAAUUUGAGCGGAGUCAGGUCCGCCGGCUGGAAAAAGAGCAGAGACGGAUUAGUGAGCAGCUCGAAGAAGAACGGGCUCAGCAUAAGCAGCUCUCCUGCGCUCUGGCCAAAGAGUGCAAGUGGGCGAGUGCCAGGGCUCUGGAGGAAGGUCACCGGCUGACGGAGCUGAACCGAAAACUCGACAAGGAAAAAGAUGUCUGUCAGACUCUGCGGAAAGAGCUGGAGGAGGAAAGGAUGAGAGCCCUGAGGAUGGAGGCGAGGGUGGAGGAGCAGCUCGCCGAGUUCGACACGGAGAGGGAGCAGCUUCGCUCGCGGCUGAAGAGGGAAGAAGCUCAUUGCUCCAAUCUCCAGCAACAGGUGGAGGAGCUGAAGAGGAAGCUGGAAGAAGUGCGGGGAGCCUGCACCACCCGAGACGAUGCAGCAGGACGAGAGCAGGUUCCCGCAGGGAGCUUAUCGGCGGACGACGUUAAGGUUGAGGAGAUUGAGGAAGAGCAACCACUGGACCAGCCAAAGCCCAGUCCCGGUUGUCCUGGGGAGACCAACGGGCUUCACGCGUCGAACGUUCAUCCAGAGAAGAUGUCCUGUCAGAACGGAAACGACAACCCCUCUCCUCUUCAGACGCAGGCGUCCUUCUCCCACUGCGGUCCGGCGCUCCCACCUCAGACUCGUUCCCCGCCUUGCACUUCGCCUGUUCUGGCCAAACGCACCACGGGCAGCGUGAACCAGGGAAGCUAUCAGUCCCCGUACCAGGCGGGGAUAAAUCAGCGUUUCCACGCCGCCCGCUACAAGUUCCAGGGUUCCAUUGAGCAAGACUCCCAGUCCCAGCCUGUUCCGCCCGCCGCCUCGCCCUCGCCCAAGGAGUCCUCUCCCGUGACCGGCAGCUCCUCUCCUGAAGCCAGCCCGGUCAGGCAGAUGGCGCGGAGCACAGUCACCCAGGUCCUGUCUCGUUUCACCUCCGUCCAGCAGAGCGCCGCCACCAAACAUGCCGCGCCGAAUAACUCCCCGUUUGGUACAGACUACCGCAGCCUCUCGGCGCCCCUGUCACCUGUCGCCGGGAGGGCCGCGGGGGCGGUUCCCCAGGGGGUCCGAUCGCCGACCAUCUCCAGGACGGAAAGGGGAAACCCUCCGCCCAUCCCUCCUAAGAAACCCGGUCUGGCCCAGGCUCCCCUGUCUCCAGCGGCGGCGGCCAAAUCCGGCAGCCAUUUCUCCGAGAGCCCCCUGUCGGGUAGCUGCGGCCUCAGCUCAACCCAGGAGGGCGUCAAAGAGCUGGACAUGGUGGUCUCAUCAAAUUAACACAUUAUGCAAGCCUUCAGGAUACUACUUUCAUUGCAGGAUCAACUAAUGAUUAGAACUGAAACUUGUAAAUUUCAAGAAACUUAAAGCAUUUCUUUUUUUUUGAUGUUGAUGCAUUUUAAACAUCAAUGUUUAAAAUUAAAUGUAUUUUAAAUAUCGACAGAAACAGUUUUUUUUAGGUGGCAUCAAAGAAGUAAUGGCUUUAAAAAGGUUUUCCAGUGAGUCUUCUUUAUAAUAAAAAAA